AUCAAUUCAGAACAUAAACAGUUAACUAUUUUAAUAGUUCGUUUCAAAAACAAUAUGAAUUUCAACCAGUUUGGAUAUACUAAAGAGCGUCGUAAAUUUGGGCGCCAGUGCGUAUUUACAGAUCGCAAUGAACUUCUCGUUAGCAUUCCACAACGCACUGAUUUACGCAAACUCUAUAUCCUUCGAAAUCCAGUUCAUCAAGGAACUCAAUUAAGCAUUGACAAGGGCCUUAGUGAAGCUUUGACUGAAAAUGUUUCUCUUGCUACUCAUGGUGUAACACAUUUAGAAGGUGGCUGGCCUAAAGAUGUGAAUAUCCUUGAUGAAGAACAGACUUUACGCCAUAGAAAAAAAGUGGAAAGAGAUGAUGCUUGGGGAAUACAAGUUGUAGAAUUAAGCAAGAAAACAACCAAGAAUAUUCUGCAAAACAGCGCUGUUAACAUCUAUGAAGAUUACUAUUCUGAAAUAGAGGAGAUGGAGAUAAAGUCGUCAUUCACAGCGAAGACGAUCAAUGUGUAUCACGACACAACUACACCUUCUCGACCUAUAGUACUACUUGAUUGGUGUCCUGGGAAUCUCCGUCAUAUUCUUUCAAUUCAUACAAAUAACGAUUUUUAUCCAAGAAAUGAUGGACCCAAUGAUUUCUACAUUUGGGACACAGAAAAUGCUUUGAAGGCAGUCUCGACAUUCACUGGCCCCACAUGGACAAGAAAGGCCUGUUUUUGUCCCCGAGAUGAGAAUCUCAUAGCAGGUGGAUUUACAGAUGGAAAGGUUGCUAUCUGGGACGUUCGAACAGAAGGUCGUUGUGUAGGAAUAUGCCCGCUUGAAGCUGCUCAUCGAGAGUCAGUUUCAGCCGUAUCCUGGGUCCAUUCCAAGUCAAAUACAGAAUUCUAUACCGGAUCGUUGGAUGGUUCAAUUCACUACUGGGAUGGAAGAAACCUAAAGAAUUGGUCCAUGCAGUUCCUACUUGAUCCAGAGAGAACAGACAAACAGUUUCGAACACGUGCUCAUGGAUGCACUGUCCUUGAAUUUGAAUACACCAUUCCGAUUAGGUAUAUAGCUGGUGAUGAUAUGGGACAUGUCUUUGUUUGCAAUAGAAAGGGAGUGACACCGACAGAGACUCUUUUAUAUAAUUAUAAACUUUUCGCUGGUUCCAUUCAUACCAUCGAGAGGAAUCCAUUUUUUGUUAAGAAUUUUCUGAUCGUAGGGGAUUGGACAGCGAGAGUGUGGUCUGAAGAAAACAAAGAUUUUCCCUCGACUUUGCUGAUAAAGAAAGAUGUUGAGCUAUUAUGUGGCAAUUGGAGCACCACUCGAUGUUCUGUAUUUGCCACUGGAGAUUUAAAUGGCAAUUUAGAUUUUUGGGAUCUCCUGCUGGAUCACAGCAAACCGGUUUUUAGUCUGAACCUCAAACAUCCAAUAACAUCAAUUCAAUUCAGAAAGGAUGGAGAAAUAGUGGCUGUUUCUCUGGCAAAUGGAGACUUCCAUGUGCUCGAAUUGGAUAAAGGUCUACAAUACGGUGGGGCCAAAGAAAAAGCACUUUUAAGUUCGCUCUUUGAAAGGGAAACAUAUCGUUGUAAACUUCUCCAAGAUAGGCUGGAGGAAAUCAAGCUCAAAACUCAAACAGCCCGACAAGAUAAAGAGGAAACAAAAGAAGAAGAUUUGCGAGGCAUUUUAGAAGAAUUUGCAGAGGAAGGCACACCAAAGGAACCUGAAUUUGAAGAACAAGAAGUCGAAGAAGAGGGUGAAAGAGAUCCAGAUCCAGAAUUCACAGAGGUUCGAAGGGUAUUCUUUGAGACUGUAAAUCAGAUCAAGGAAAAAUGGAAGGAACGAGAGUUCAUUAGUGAGCCAAGUCCAUUCGAAAUGGAUGUGCCGAGAGAGAAUUACUAUGAAUUAAAGUCUUCCUCAAAUUCGGUUAUUGAUGAACCAAACAAAUCUGAAACAAGUGAAGACAAAUCGACUGAGUGAAUUUAUCUUAUUUUAUGUUAUUUUUAUCAUUAACUUAAUCUCUAAUAAACUACAAUUCUUUCUGAGAAUUCUUUCAAACUCA